AUGGGGCAGACGCCGACCGAGCGAAAAAGGCGCAAGGCGGGUGGGGCCCGAAGGAGCCCCCCGGGUCGGCCGCGCCCGGAGCCUCGGAACGCCCCUCGGGUGGCACAGCCGGCCAGGCUCCCAGCUCCUUCACGGCCAGAGCGCCUGGGGCCGGUGGGGCCCCCGCCCCGUCCAUCCGCGCAGCCGCAGAGCGACCCCAGGGCGGCGUGGGCGGGGCCCUGGGGAGGUCGGAGGCCCGGGCCCCCCAGCUACGAGGCUCACCUGCUGCUGAGAGCCGCCGCGGGGACGGCCCCGCGACGCCGCUGGGACCGCCCGCCGCCUUAUGUGGCUCCACCGUCUUACGAAGGACCCCACAGGACUCUGGGGGCGAAACGAGGCCCCGAGCCCUCCCAGGCGCCCGUCUCAGCAGCCCCUGCUCAGACUCCGGCCAGGACAGAGGGAGGGGGCACAAAGAAAAGGCUGGAUCCUCGGAUUUACCGGGACGUCCUCGGGGCUUGGGGUCUUCGGCAGGAGCGGGGCCUCUUGGGGGGAUCCCCAGGCUGUGGAACGGCCAGGCCGAGGCUGGAGCCCCGCCAGGGGGCCGCAGAGAAAAGCCGGGGGCCGGCCAAGACUGCGGGGGACCCGGGCGGGGCGGCGGCUCCUGCGGGGUCUGCCACGGAGACUCCCAGCCCCCCGCGUCCCGCCCCCAGGUCCAGGCCCCAUCUCCAGGGCCCCGGGGAAGGGAAAGAAGGUAGAGAACAGAGCUGGCUCCCCAAGUCCUGGAUUCCCUCCCUUAAAAAGCACCCGCCUCCGCAUAGCCAGACCCUCCCCAGACCCUGGGCUCCAGGAGGCACGGGGUCGAGAGAGCCCCUGGGUCGUAGAGAGAGGGCCGGCCCCUCGGAGGGUUGGCAGGCCCCCCGCCGCGCCCACACCCUGCCCCGCAGCUCCAGCGGCCCUGCUCGUGGAGAAGGUAUUUUUGUCAUUGACGCCACGUGCGUGGUGAUAAGGUCCCAGUAUGUCCCGACCCCUCGAACCCAGCGCGUGCAGCUUUUGCCGGCUGGGGUGCCCCGCACUGUGGGCGAUGCCCCCAGCUCACCGAAGCCCAGCAAGGAGGAGGGGGAGGCGGCCGCGGCCUUGCCUUCCCCUUGCCAAAAGCUGCUGUCCAGCAGCCGCCUUUCACAACAGCCACACCGGGGGCGCGGGUUCGAAGCUGAGGGCGGGAAGCCCGCGGAUCCCUCUUUGGAGGAGCGCGCCUCCCGCAUCUUGGGGCUCCCGAUGGACGAAGUCAACCUGCAAGACGCCCCCACGCAGCCAGGUAGCCUGGGGCGCUCAGCCUCAGGCCCAGCGGCGUCAGGAGGCGCGAAUAGCGCCGAGGGCUCGGGGGGAGUGGCGGGGGUCCCCCGGCACGCGGGGCGGGGCUGGGCGCGGACCCCGGGGCCCUACGCGGGGGCCCUGCGAGAAGCCGUGUCCCGCAUCCGCCGCCACACCGCCCCUGACUCGGACUCGGAUGAAGCUGCGGAGCUCAGCGCCCAUAGCAGCUCCUCUGAUGGAAGCGACACGGAAGCCUCCGGCGCCCCCUGGCGGAGUGAGCGAGCCGGGUGCCGGGAGGGCGGGAAGACCACACAGCGGCACGACAGCAUCCGAGAGAUUCUGGAUGUCAUCAGCCAAACCGGGGAGGCCCUUUCUGGAGAGAGGAACACGACGGGGGCCCCACGGAGAAACAGGGAGCGGCAGUGAGAGGCUCUUUGUUGUAUUUGUGCUUCCCAACCCAUCCAUCCUUGGGCCCACUGGCCCCCUAGUUCCUCACAGACUUCCUUGUACCCCUUACCUAUACCGGUUCCCAUACCC